AUGGUUUUCGGCUGGGGCGAAUCUCAAGACCACUACGAGCAAACUCAAAACGAGAACACUGCCAGUCUCGGCCAUGAGGUUCUCGCUGGUGGUGCAGGUUUUGCCGCCAUGAAGAUGUUCGAGGACAGACAACGCAGAGAAGGAAAGCCAGUCUCUCACGCAUUCGCCAAGGAGCUCCUCGCUGGUUUUGCCGCUGGUGAGGUUGACAAGUUGGUUGAGACCAAGGGUGAGGACUGGGUCCGUGAGCACCGCAUGAGAGAGAGAUCUCAAGAGCAAGCUGAGCAUCUCUAUGAUCAACACUACGGUCAAGAUGACCAAUAUGACCCAAACCAACGUGAUGCCCCAGAACACUUCAACAGAUACGACAACAACUGGUAA